CCCUGUGCUCUCAGCUGUUUGUCGCAGUUGUUUUUUUUUGUAAUGACCAGAAUGACAGAUUGGCAAAUGUGCAAUAAACAAACAAAAUAGUAACUUGUCCGCUUCAAACUCUGUUUCAAAGUAAGAUUUAGGGUGCAGCUCUCUUCUGGAGCAAUUGAUUUUUGCGUGGGCCAAGUUUCUAAUGUUGAAAACAUUUCAUCGCCUCCUUAAUAAAAGAUGUCCUCAACCUAGAAGCUUUGCAGUGCAGCCUGUGUACAUCUUGUCAGUGCUGAUUUACACAAUGAGUGACUCCAAAAGUGGACGUUGUCCCUCGAAAGAAGCGCAAUGUACACCAAAAAGUCUGAAGAAAUCCAUGUCUGAGUGGCAGUUUGCUCCUUCAUCGGUUUUUGAAAAUAAUCUACCCAUUGAUUCUGAAGAGGAUUCUUACAUUCGCCCUAAUGUUAAGGGAGCAAUAUUUUCAAGAGUCCAGCCAACUCCUUUAGAAAAGGAUGUGAGACUUGUUGCUUUCUCAAAAGACGUUUUAAUAAACAUUCUGAACAUGGACCCCAGCAUCACAGAGACAGAUGAAUUUGUCAGGUGGGUUGCCGGCAGCAAUGUUCUUAGUUCGUCAACACCUUUGGCACAUCGUUAUGGGGGUCAUCAAUUUGGAGCCUGGGCUGCUCAAUUAGGUGAUGGUCGUGCCAUGUCUUUAGGUGAAUAUGUGUCACAUGAUGGAAGACGCUGGGAUAUUCAGCUAAAAGGAAGUGGUCUUACCCCCUAUUCUCGUGGGGGAGAUGGUCGUGCUGUGAUAAGAUCAUCAGUGCGAGAAUUCUUGUGUUCAGAGGCUAUGCAUGCUCUAAGUGUACCUACAACAAGAGCAGCUGCCUUGGUUGUAAGCAACGACCCAGUCAUACGAGAUCAAUUCUAUGAUGGAAGACCAGAAAUUGAAAGAGCUGCAGUUGUCAUGCGAAUCGCCCCAUCAUUCUUGAGAUUUGGUUCUUUAGAAAUUCUUACCAGCACUAGUGAACUAUCUGAAUUGCGUAAACUGCUUAACUAUAUCCUUGAGUUGCGCACGGACAUAACUGAGUAUGGAGACCAGAAAUAUCUUGCUUUAUUGGAAAAGGUAAUAGAUGAAAGCAUCAAACUGGUAAUUGCUUGGUCCAUGGUUGGCUUUACCCAUGGUGUCCUGAACACUGACAACAUGAGUAUGUUUGGUGUCACGAUUGACUAUGGCCCAUUUGGCUUCAUGGAAAAAUUUGAUCGGAACUUUGUUCCAAAUUCCUCUGAUAGUGGAGGGCGGUAUUCAUUUGUUGAGCAGCUGGGAAUAGUUCACUGGAAUCUGGCAAAGCUUGUCAUGGCAGUCAGGCCUCUUCUUUCUGAACCAGAGCAAAAGCAAGCAGAGCAAAUGCUCCGAAAUGCUGUGGCUACUGGAGAAGCUCAGUUUAUUGCAGGAUUUCAUGAAAAGUUGGGCUUCAAGCCAAAUUCAACAGCAAACACUCAGCUAGUGCAUCUACUAGUAGAGAUGAUGCAAGAUACAUCCAGUGAUUUCACAAUGACUUUCAGGCAGCUAGCUUUUGUAAAAUUGGAUGAAAUGUUGGAUCCAAAAGUUCUUGAUAAAUAUUGGGCUCUGAAAGUUUUCAGUCGCCACCCAAGAUUUAAAGAGUUUGUACAUACUUAUAAACAGACUAUGAUCAUAGAAGGUUUGUCUGAUGAGAAGCGUCGAAGCAACAUGUUAGCAAAAAACCCUCAGUAUGUCCUACGCAACUGGAUGGCCCAGGAUGCAAUUAAGCUGGCAGAACAAGAUGACUUCAGCGGAGUUCAGUUUUUACUAGAGAUAUUGAACAAUCCAUUCACUAUCAACGAAACGGCAGAAAAGAAAGGGUAUUCUGGUCCAACUCCACCCUGGGCAAAUUGUAUCCGUGUAAGCUGCUCAAGCUAAAUGAUCAGCUUUCAUCUCCUUCAAUCAAAUGUGCACAAAAAAAAAAAAAAAAUUGUUUAAAAAGUUAUUUGUGAAUUAUCUGCCAACUGAAAUGGUGUUGUGUGAAGACUACAGAGCUUGACUGUGAUUUUCUCCUUUAGAAUCAAAAUAAUUCCAAUUUUAAUUUACAACUCUUUUACAACUGAUGAAUGUAAAAACAAAUGAGCUGUAGCUGUGGUAGCUGAAUUAGUCAUGGUUAAAUUUAGCAAUUAGUGUAUAACAGAAACAUGAUGUACCUGUUACUUUAAAAUGCCAAUUAAACACAAUCUUCUGUGA